UCGACACAGACUACACAGAAAAAACGUGCAGUAUACGCGCGCCUUUCACUGGAGGGGAUACAAUACACACAUCUUAUGUGGGGUUUUAAGCGGAUGUGCUUGCUAUAAUGUACAUAUACCUUUCGACUCGUAUACCUCAUCACGUAUAUCACGUACUUGUUCGUGAGAAUUAGGCCUACUACCUCGGCAGAUUCGUGUAAUAAGGUUUUUUUUUAUCUAAACACCACAUGACUUGAUAUCACUCAUCGUUCCAAAAGUGAGUUGUAGGCGAUUCUGUAAAACGGUCAUCACAGGAAGAAUUUGCUAUCCGGACAAUCUUAGAGUAACCAGACUAAGGGACAAUAUAGCAGAGAUCGUCUAGGACCUACUUGAUUGAGAUGAACUCGGUUUUCCAUACUGAUCUGGAUGAGACGGUCCUGUUUCAGCAAUGGAAAACCACGUCAAUAAAGGACAUCGCGCUGACAUGCGUGGCAGUCUUCUUCCUCUCAGCGGCCACUGAAGCACUUAGGGCGGUCAGGAUGUUCCUUAGCUCGAAAUACAUCGAAAAAGUGACACAGAGAGAAGCAUCUGCUUAUGAAAUGAGGGCGGGAAGCGGGAAUUGGCAAGAAAUAGGCGAGACCGAAGGACAAGGUCACCGUCAGAAAGAUUUCCCCGAGUCCACGACUACUGAACAGAGCCCCUCAUAUGGACCAUCGCGGGAUGCACCCAAAGAUGCAAACGACAUUUCUAAACAAGAUACAGAUUUAAGCAACAUCAAUCUCACCCUUUCAAGAGAUGUUACUUCAGUGUGCAGGCAUGCUUACAGCAGGACAACUAGACGAUGGAUCCAUCUUCUCUGUUCCUUACUCUUCCUUUUACAAACUGUAUUAUCGUGGCUAGUGAUGCUUGUCUUCAUGACGUUCAAUGUAUGGCUGUGUUUAUCAGUUGUUGUGGGAUUUGGUGUAGGGUACUUCUGCUUCGCCACGUUAAGAAUUCAUAGGCCAUGACAAGGAACCAAGUUCUGCACAACUAGUAUUUAACGAGCAAGCAUAUAUGUAGUAGUCUGACUUUGUCUCUGUAUCUGCUAUUUUGCAGACGGUUUGCCUUUAAAGGCCGACACUGUUCAUAGAAAAUUUGAAAUUGAAUUUGAAAUUUUCAAUUGUGUAAAAAUUACGUAAUGAAUACAACUUUUAAAGUCCUAAUAGAAUUUUCAUUUUUUGGAUCUAUUAGGACUUUAACAGUGCUGUUCUGUCUACUCGUCAUUGGCAUUGGCAAGAAACUGAUUGCACAGCACAAAAAUAUGUUUUUAACAAAUUAAAGAUAUACACAGGAUGGUAUUUGUAUUUUAC